AAAUAAUUUGAUGUUUGAUUUAACUAUUUAAAAUUAUAAAUAAUAAUUUAAGUUGUGACUGAGUUCAAAACAAAUUUUCUUGCUUUUACUUUAAACCAUUUUAAGUUUAAUCCAUGAAACACUAUAGUUUCAGUUGGUGACCACUAGAAGAAUGGAAAAAUGAACAAAAUGAAAAAUAAAAUUUCAUUUGAGGAAUUGAAAAAAUAAAAAUAAAAUGAUUUUUUGUUCAAUUUGUUCCUUAUCAAAAUUGCAUAGGAAAUUUUUUUGUUAUAAAUCUAUUCCUCCAUAAGGAAUUUAGAAGAAAAAAGUGGGAUCUAACUUUCAAUAAUUUGACUAAAAUUUCAACAUAACUGGUAUAAAUUUUGAUGAACAAAGAAUUCACCAUAAUUUUUUUUCCUUCGACUUCGACGUGUUCACCAAUUAGAGUUUUAUAAUGCCGAUUUUUGGAUUAGUAAUACAUAAAAUAAUAAAUAUUCGUAAGAUGAUUAUACGCUGCGGACAAAACACCUAGUAUUUUAGUAUUAGUAAAAUAAUAUGGUCCAUUCUGAAAUAUUGAGCGCACGAAAUUAUAAUAAUGAUUUCUAAAAUUUGUUAUUGGAUUAUCAAUCAUGUAUUCCCAAUAAAUUAAUAAAUCAGUUUGACAAAACCGACAAUCCCUACAAAUAGCAUCAAAAUAAUGAUACUAAAAAGGACAAAACUAGAAUAAUUAUAAUCUGUUACAAAAGAAAAAUAAAAAAGGAAAAUCUAUUAAAAAUUGGAAUCCAUUAGGGUUUUGAAGACACAAACGAAAGCAAUAUAUAGUAGUACUUGGUCGUUGUCCUGAUCAGAAAGAGAAAGCAAAAGUAGAAGACAAAUCGUUUUAUAUAAUUUGCUUUGCUCUUAUAAAAGUAGAAGACAAAUCGAUGGAGGAGCAGCGAGGCCAUGAAAAGGAUAAAAUUGCUUCAUCGUUUUCCUCAGAAAGAGAAAGCAAAAGAGGAAGAAGAGAGGUGACCGAGAUAAUAAUCAACGAUGAUGCGUUGGAAGAGAUAAUGCUGAGGCUUCCGGUAAAAUCCCUUAUAAGUUUCCAAGCCGUGUCUAAACACUGGAGACGUAUGAUAACGCUUAACUCGUUCAGAGAGAGAUACAUGUUGCAUCAGAAAACCCUAGAACCAAAAUUUUUGUGUGUCUACGAUGAUAUAGACUGGUAUAAGGCAAGCUAUGCUCUAAAAGAGAUGAGGUUGGAGUGGUCUUCGGCAUGUCUAGUUGAAGUGGAAGAAGAAGAAGACUAUCAUAUUAGUAAUGAUGAGCAAGAGGAUGUGAUAGUUUCCAAGAGUCUGGAUGGUCUUUUCUGCUUCUAUGGACGUGCAAACUUUAAAAACCCAAUUAAAGUGAUGAACCCAUCCACUAGAUGGUCCUUGACGCUCCCUCUCGCCAGGAUUCAGCUAGUGCAUUCAGACAACAAGGUGGAGUUUUCUCAACCGGGAUUUGGAAGAGACUAUGUCACAGGAGCAUACAAACUAGUCUGGUUACAUAACAUUAAAGACAAGAACAUCUCAUCAUGUGAGGUUUUCGAUUUUGGAGUCAAGGAAUGGAGACAUGUGACUUCUCCUCCUUAUCAUCGGAUAGAUCACAACCAAGAAGCAACUUUUGCAAACGGAUGGCUUUACUGGUUCACCCAUGAAAAGACGAAGUUGAUUGCUUUCGAUCUUCACAUGGAGAUGUUUCAAGUCGUACCAAACCCAAUUAUUGACGCAUCAUCGUCAUCAUCAUCAUCAUCAUAUAUUAGUAUGCAUAUGUGCAGCCUAGACUAUGACCGUGGUCUUCUGAAUAUUUCCGUGACAAAUGGAGAUGGCAUGCAACACGUUUGGAGGGUCACUAACCACAACACAGGAGGGGUAUUGUUGAAAACGAACAAGAUCUUCUCCUUUGACUUGAACAAGAUUACCUCCACUUGGUUCGAAGAAACUCAUUAUAAAUCUUCGCUCCUCGGCCUUAUGGUAGUUUCGAAGAAAGGAAACAAGGUGAUGCUCGCAAAAUACGGUUCCGACAAGCUCCUUCUAUAUCAACCUCUAACCCCUAAUUCCAUUAUGAAUCGCAUCUUUUCGUAUUCUCCUUCUCGUCCAAGUGAUGACAGUGUAUUUCUUCAUUAUUUCCCAAGUUUAGCAUGUCCCUUAUGAAAUAAUUUAAUUUCUGUAAGUGGAUUUCAUUGUCAUUAUGCUCAAAUAAAUCUUGCUGUUGAAAUUAACUUAACAUUCUCUUAUUAUAUCAUUGCCUUUGGGAGAGAUACUAGCCGUUUCUCAAUCCUGUCCGAUUGUCUCAAUUGUACGUAGCACUACCAAGACUGUAGUAUUUUAUCGCUGCAAGUUUCAUACUUAAUUCCGAUGGCUUGAUCAUCUAUUAGUAUUCAUGCAAAGUAGAUCACUCUUGCCUCUUUGCCUGAAUCUAGCCUACCUGAAUCUAUAUUCUGUAUAUCCUUUCAACUGACUUUACAUCUCUUUUGUGGUUUUCUUUAGAUAAAUACUUGUAUAUUUUUACCAAAAAAAUACUUUUAUAUCCGUUUUCUUUUAAAAGACGUUUUAGAAUAUUUGUUUUGUAUCAUUAUAGUUGACGUCCUCGGAAAACAAUGCAAGAUAUAGUGAAAUAAGAC